UAAUCCACCUGGGAGGAUGCUAGAGUCUGAUUGUUAAGCAACAAAAUGACGCGUGCGCAGCUAUGGCGCAAAACAGAUGGGGUUGGCUUAGAUUGACAUGUAAACUUUUAUUUUGUCUUCAAUGUUUAUUGAAAACGAAUACAUUUUCACGAUGAGCACUCAAAUCCAUCGUUAGUUGUUGGUUAGCUAUCUAGCAUAUACGUAACGUCAAAAUACCUCAAGACAUGGUAUCAAGAACAAGAUGAAACGAGCCACCUACGAUUCUCCACAAGCCCCAUUUGAAGCGUGCGCAUCGUUUGACCUCUUCAGAGUUGAGAUAUUGUUCAAUGGAAGGAAACACUUUGUGCUCAGAAGACACAGUGAAUUCCAGACCCUGCACAGAAAGCUGAAGAAGAUUCUGCAUCCCCCAGACUUCCCCAGCAAGAGGAGCACCCAUCUGAGAACCAAGCCUCUUGAGCAGAGGAGGCAGCAGCUGGAGGACUACAUUCAGGAUAUAAUUUACCAGUAUGAAGAAGUCCCUCAGGUGCUGCUGGACUUCCUGCAUGUGAAACAUUUCCACUCUGGGAACAAAAUAAGCAGCCUUGAAUCAUUUGAUGAUAGUGACCCUCAGGGAUAUGGCUGUCAGCUGCAGCAUCAGCGUGUGGUGGGAUUCUGUCGUGACCCCUAUCUCCUGGAGUCCCCCUCAGAUCUGCCGGACAUCGUCACGGAUGGGGUCCUGCAGGGCUUGUACCCCCGAGACAUCCGUGUCAGCUUCACAGCCUGCACAAAACCCAGCCUCCCAGAGAGACCCAGUCUGGCUCCAGCGAUUCCCUCUAUAUAGUGGCAGCCCAUGCAGAAGUCCUGACACUCGGAUCUGUGGAUUUUUAAAAUGGCCUUGAUAGUAAUUUGGAUGAAUGUCAUGUCUGAAUCAGCAACCAAUGGAGGCCCAUUUGCUUGUAUAGUACCAUACAAUAGAACAUGUUUGUUACUCUGGGUGCUUGCAAUAAUAAAUAGUGUUUAACAUGUUUUUUUUUUUUUUAAAUGACAACGCCAUCUCUGUACCCCACACAUCUGUAAGGUCCCUCAGUCGAGCAGUGAAUUUCAAACACAGAUUCAACCACAAAGACCAGGGAGGUUUUCCAAUGGUUUGCUAGGAAGGACACCUAUUGAAUGUCCCUUUGAGCAUGGGGAAGUUAUUAAUUACACUUAGGAUGGUGUAUCAAAGAUACAAGCGUCCUUCCUAACUCUGAGGAAGGAAACCGCUCAGAGAUUUCCUCAUGUGGCCAAUGGUGACUUUAAACCCGUUAAGAGUUUAAUGACUAAUACUAACCUAAUUGAAAGAGUGAAAAGAAAGAAGCCUGUACAGAAUAAAAAAUAUUCCUAAACAUG